CCGUUCCAUUUGUCACCGUUUUCGAUCAAAGAACUCGAUCAAUUAUCACUUGCACAACGUAUUGCUUCAUGUCCGCAACUCAAAGAGAUACGAUAUCUCUAUCCCGACAUCGAUAAAGAAGAAAUGUUACGUUACUUCGAAUCCGAGGAUCGACAGAAGUCUUCAUCUCCAACCGGAGUUAGCGACAGUCCCUCAUCAAUAUCGAAUCAAAGUCGUUUGGAUUGGUCACCCAGUGAAGUGAUUCCUCGCGCAAAUUCGAUGGAUAUAGGUGAAGAAUUAGUGACGAUGCUCUCGCAGAACAUCGUUGAGAACAACGUCGAGUCGCUACUUGGGCCAGGUUUUCACCCUCAACUACCCAGUCAACCGUUGCAACAGAUUGACCUAUCGUUCAUCGACGGUGCAUCGAAUCCGUUCCACUUUACUAGCAAUGAUACGGACGAGUGA